AUGCUGAUUGAAUUGAUCAGGAAAUGGCUGAAAAAACGCCUAGGCAUCCAUUUGAGCAUCAUCCCCAAGUACUUCUACGACGCGACGCGGGACGGUACCCUCGUGGCUCAAAUCCUCCUCUACUACGACGUCAUAACUCCUGAAGAAGCGAACCUAAUUGAAGAAACGCAAGACCCGGCCCAAGCCUUCGAUAACUACCAACACCACGUGGCUAAAUGGUUGAGUCGCAUCAAACUGCACCUCACCGAAAGUGAAAUGUACGAAAUCGCCUACUGUGAAGGCACAGUCGCUGCCACAAUCUUCUACGAGUUGUACUUAAAACUCGAAGCCAAGGAGGACUCCAGUAAAAUUAGGCCCAAGAAUCACCAUUUCCGCAUCGAGAAAGUCACCGAGUUUCAAAUCGACGAUGUUUUUAUCGAGGCUAAUCCCUUGUGCGAGCCUUUGAUCAAACAAUGGGACAUCAUCAACUGGGAAAAGGACCACCUGGCGAGUCUCAUGAUGAAAUACAUGAACUCGCGGGAAGAAUACCGCAAUUAUUUGGAAGAAAAGAAGAUUGAGGAAUUGAGUGCGCCGGCAAAUUUGGAAAAACUGGAAGACACUCUUAUUUUUCUGAAGGCGGAAAAGACGGAUUAUACCUACGACCAGUUGAUAGCCCAGCAAAAGGCAGCCCUUGAAAUGGAACCCUUCCAGCCAAACCAAGACGAAGCCAAACGAAUCAUGGCCGAAAUUAAGCGACGAAAAAAGCAAAGGGCCCAAAGAACCGCAUUCAGACUCGAGCUGCAACACCAACUCCUUUCGGACGUUUGGAAGAAGAUCGAAGAGAGUCAAGAACUCGAAUUUGAUAAAGUCAUUUGUGAAAAACUGUUAAAACAGUCGUUUCACGAGAAGGAAAUCGAAGAAAAGCUCCUCUUUAUACGCAAACAGAAAGACACUAUUGUGGCGAACCGUAGAGUCCAGGACGAAAUCGAUCAGAAGAAACGGGACGAGGAAUUCAUUCGGAGACUCUUCGAGGAAGAUCUCGAAGAACGCUUGCGGUUUCAUGACGAGAGGAUGGCCCUCAUAGCUGAGCAUAAGCGCCUCUACGAGGAGAAAAUGCGACUCAAGGCGCUCAAGCACCUGAAACUGUGCCAGGAAGUGAUGGGUGAUAUCGUCGACCUUUCCAUAAAAACAGCAGAGUACAAGGAGAUGUACAACAUGGAGCCCAACAAAUACGUGCAAAGACAAUGGGCGAAUCUUUUCAUAAAGCAACAACCGAUUUUUGACUUGGUUGUGCCUUCGCAAGACUUGAAACAGCCACACGAGGAGAUUUCGGCGGAACUGGAGCAAAUUUACAGGAGGGAGAUUCAGAGACAGGACAUCCUGGACGAGCAAGAUUUUGACGAUUACAUCAACUUUCGCAACAUUUGGCAAGUUGAGGAGGGACUUGAGGAAUAUCUCGCUGCGAUGGAGCUCGGACUUAAUUGUUUGGGCUUCGCCGUCCACAAACUCCUCCUCAAAAAGUACCCCCUGCCAGUACCGGAGAAAGCCCAAGUGUCUCCGGAAAUCGAGAUUGCGGUUUGUGCCACUUUGGCCGACUUGACCCGGAUUGACAUGCUCCAGCGUCUCCUCAACCUCAGAAAUAUCAAAGUGAUUUUGAUCGAAGACGCGGUUAAUUUUUGCAUCGAAGGCUACGAAAGCGAACUGAAGACGGAGUUUGAUGAGCCGUUCCCUGAGGAAGAGUACUUGCGCCAGCUGACGCCCAAAAAAGGCAAAAAAGAGGAGAAGAAGAAGAAAAAGGGCAAAAAAGGGGACAAAAAAUCAAAGAAAAAAGGGGACAAAGCCUCGAAGAAAAAAAGCGACAAAUCCUCGAAGAAAAGCAAGAAGGGGAAGAAAAAAGGGGGGGAGAAGACACCCGUGGAGGUGACGUUUGAGGAGAAGCAAGCCCAAACCCCGCGCCUGUUCCCGUGGGAGAAAGUGGUUUUCUCAAACAGGGGCAAGUUGGGCCGUUUGGCCAAACAACUGCUAGGUCAGGGUGACCCUCUUGAUGAUAAGCUCCAAGUUGAUAUGUUUAUCGAGUAUUUGUUGUCACUCAAGGAUAUCAAAGGCUGGGUUUUGCUCAACUUCCCCAACACUUACGAACAAGCGGCCCUCCUUGAGGAGGCUCUGAGUGGCAAAGCCGCCCCGAAACAAUACUUUGACAAGUCCAUAAACAAAGAGAGUCUCACCAGUGUUGAAGUUGAACAAGUUGAAGUUGAAGGGGAGGAAAUUUCCAGUAGUACCACCGCGGACCAAGUCACACCGGAGGAAAUCCCUCCGGAGGAAAGUGUGAAGAGAAGUGAGGAAAAACCACGUAGUAGAGUGAACAUUGCUGAAUAUUUGAACCAGUCGCUUCCAUCUUUCGCCAGUACGGAUACAGGGUGUAUAAGCGAGGUCACAAUGCAGACCGAUUUCAGUUACAUUCCGGAAGUCAGAGUGAAGAGACUACUCCCCGAUUUGAUCAACUUGGCGUAUUCCUCGGAGGAGGAAAACGAGCCUGAGACUGAACCAGACCCCAAAAAGUGCAUCUGUGUGUGCAACCAAGACAAUGAAGAUGGUAAUUUUGGUGAAGAAGUUGAAGUUGAAAUGAACGAAGAUCUAUCAGAAGAGAAAAAAUCAGUCGAGUAUGAUGAGGAUCCCGACGAGAAGAAGAGUGAACAAAAUCAGGACUGUGUUUGCUAUGUGGAUAAAACAGAAGAGGUGGUUCCGGUUGAGGUCCAGGAAGCCACAAUCCAGACUGACAUUUUGGGUUUAAUGCACGAGCUUGGAGCGAGUGACUCUAAACCGAUCGAGCGAAUUGUUGUUGAAGAUAUUUACGAAGAAAAGCGCUUGUCGAAGAUUGUUCCAAACCCGCGACCCUUGGAAAAGGAAGAAUAUAACACCGUACUUACCGCCUUUAUAAAAGUCAGGCAGAAGGAGGAGGCCGAAGACGAGGAUUUCCCGGAGCCUUAUUUCAAAGAAAUGGAACGGAAGGAUGGAUUAGAGAAGUUUUACUGUGACCAAGGGUGUUACUACAUUUUACAGUACGACGAGUUUAAUGUUGAAACUAUCAAAUGCUUGGCCAAGAUGAUCAUCGGUGACUAUAACUUGCCCUUGAAAGACUCAAUUGAGAUUUUUGGGGAGCACUACAAGGAGGCACUGCUUGAUGUUGGCGGCCACCAAAUCGUAAAGAAAGGGAAGAAGGAGAAGAAAAAAAAGGGCAAGAAGGGGAAAAAGGCCAAACCCAGCAAAAGCAAAAGCACGACAAAGUCAGGAAAAAAGAACAAAAAGUCUGAAAAGUCCUCCAAAAAGAGCAAGAAAAGCAAAAAGUCGGAUAAAUCCUCCAAAAAAAGCAAGGGCAAAAAGGGUAAAAAAGGCAAGAAGGCCAAAAGCACGCACGACCUCUUGGCACCAGUGGCCCACGAAGACAAAGAGGUGCAAUUCCCGGCGGUUGAGGAGCUCGAGGAGGAGGAACUGCCCGAACCCCGGGCUGGGGAGCCCGACUGGGAGUACACGAACCUGGCAAUCCCGCCCGAGAUUGAGCUAAUCCUAGCCAACCACUGGGACAACUUCGAGGAGAACUACAUCAAAAACUUCAAGGACUUGUUCUUCAACAAGCGGCUGUUGCUGGAGGAAAUUGUGCCGUUCCUGGCCCGCACUCGGGAGACCAUGGGCGAGUUUAUAGUCCGCCCUGACCAAAAACAAUACUACUUGAGGGAAUUCCAAAAGACGCUCAACGAAAUCGGUCUAGACUUGAGGAACGACCAAGAGACCAAAACCGAGCUUUUGUGCCGGAUUGAGGAAUUCCGCGACAAACUCCUGGGGAUUUGUGACACCAAAAUGCAGGAGUCGGAGGAGGAGAGGAGGCGGUUCGUGAGGCAAAACUGGCUCUUUCACCAGUUUUGCCAAAUCACGAAUAACAGCGCUGAGGCGUUCCAGUUUGAAAUCGACCGAAUCGUUGACACGUUGCAGUUCUUGUCCGAUUAUUACGUUUCCGUGAUUACGAAAUCCUCAAAGGAGGGCUACGACUUCCAUAAGCAGAUCCUGCCGAAGUUUGAGUGUGACGAUUCGCAAAGUGACGACUUCAACUCGCUUUUUAUCGACGUGGAGAGCGAAAAUUGCGAGAAAAGUGUGUUUCAUGAAUAUAUCACUGUUAGUAACCAGGGGGCUUUGGGUUUCGUCGAUAGCAUGAAACUGCUAGCCUUGAAGCCGGUCCACGACAUGAGGAAGUUGUUUGAAGCGGGGGAGAAGGGCAAGGAGAAGAAGAAGAAGAAACCAAAAGCGAAGCAGAAAAAAUUCGAGUUGGAGGAGGAGGUGAAGGAGAGCCAGGAGCGGAUUUUUGAGGAGUGGCAAUGCGCGAUUGAGGGCGAACUCGCGCGGGCGUACGUCCACUUGAGUGUCAUCCGGAACGAGGCGUUCAAUCGCAUCAAUGACGCGAUUAGUUGGAUCAAGCGAAUUUUUGAGGAGAUUUACGAUACUAUAGGCGAAACGUACGAGAUUAGUCUCUCGAAUGUGAACAAGGCGUGCGAAUUGUUGGCGCUGUCCGUGGAACAGGAGAUGAUAAUUCAACCGGAGCUGGCGUUCGAAGGGGAACAGUUGGCCCAAAUCCAGGUCGCUUUGUUCCCCGACACUUUGGCGGUGGCUGAGGAGGGUUACAGUGAGGGGUAUUUCAAAAUCGAGCAGCUGGAGUUCAUGGUCAAAGUUCUCCUCGAUUUGGCACACAGUGGGUACAUAAUGAAGAACUGCUUCCUGCUGCUGAUCCAGGACAUCCUCUACUACGACUUUGACGAUUCUGAAGACGUUGAAACGCCGAAACUGUGGCGAAACUUGCCAAUUUCCGCCCUCAAUACCUUGCUGCGUAAGCUGUUCGAUGACGAGAAGUAUUUAUAUUGGAGGGACUUUAUUAUUUGUAAUUUAAUGGUCCCGCUCCCUACCCGGGAACAGUUGAUGAAAGUGCGGCAACAGUUCCGGCAAUACGACCCGGACUUAACCGAAAAAGUCACCAAGGAUGCGUUUGAGUCGAUUGAGUUCUGGUUUGAGGACAAGCGUGUCAAAAGCUUGCUCUUUUCAAUGUACCAACUCGACGAAAAUGAAGUUAACUACACUGCACUUCUGCUCGACUUUUGCAAAGAUAACGACCCGAUAAUUGGGUUUGUCAAGGCUCUGGAGCUGUCUCUGGGCCAAUUUAUUUGUUGCGACAAAGCCGUCGGAGAGAAAUUCGUGGCGGAGGUUCUGGAAGACCGGAUUUUAUUCGAGAAGAGGAAAAAAGAGCACGAGGAAAACAUAAUUCUGGCUAAAAGGGCCGUGAGUCUCCUAAUUGACCGAAUUGUCGGUCAGUUUGAGGAGCCCGAAGGUUUUAGUUUGAAGGAGGUAGAGGACACGAUUGAGGAACGGUCGCUUUCGCGGAGUUUCCAGUCGGACUUUGUCGGUCAAAUAAUCACAGAGCACAAGUUUUCCUUUACGAAUAUCGGGUUCGAGGCCCGGGAUGACACAGGAAUGGCGUUCUUCCUGCCGCAGGGCCUGGUCCAGAUAAUUGUCAAUACCGACAUAACGUGGAAUUCCAAAAUCGAGCUCCCCAACUCGGAGAGUUUCAGCGACAAAAUCAUGAACAUUUACGACAGUUGCCGGAACGAGAAGUUCAACAAUGUGGUGUUAGCGCACGAGUUUCUCAACUGUGACGAAUUGAGGGAAUUGUUCCAAAACACUAAUAAAUUCUCAGCUCAUAAUCCCGUCAAACUUGUCAAACGCAUAGUCACUGAAGCGGAACUAAGCGAACCGGAAGAGUUCGUCUUUCACCAGGAGUCGAAGCAUUCGCUCAACACCGACACAACGAAAACGCACAGUUCUUAUUAAAAAUCUUUAUUUUUCUCAUAUAUCACAUUGGUUUUACUUAAAAAUAUAUACAUACAGUCAAAA